ACAGCAACGACUCUUCCACAGUGAGGAGAAGGAUGUGUAACUCCACAAUUAUAACCAUUUGACACUGACAACAACAAAAAAAAAAAAGAAAAGAAAAAGAAACAGCACCAGCUGGACUCAGCCAGUCUCGCCGGGUUUUACACACAGGAGGUGUCGUUUGAAAACAAACCGGCUCAUUUUAAUGAACUGAUUUUAGGACUUGGUCCAGAAAGCUGCUGUCCGUCUGUCUCAACACCCAGAGACAGUCAUGAUGGACUCUAUCUUAGACAGUUUGACGGCAGAGAAACUCUAUCCAUCCGGGGGGACCAACCUGUUGGACCUUGAGGAACUCAGCGACGGAGAUUUCCUCACUAACGUGCCUUUUUCAGGUGACCAGAUGGACGAUUUCAGCAGUGAGUUAUUCAACAGUUUCUUUGACGACCAUCUAUUAGAGCGACCCCUCAUGGCAGACCGGCCUGCGCUCCUACACCUCGACAUGGACAGCAGCCCAGAUAUUCAAGCAGAGCACAGCUACUCUUUAAGUGAAGACUCCGCCCCCGGGAGCCCAGCCCUGUCAAUCAAAAUGGACGAAGAGUCUGAGUUUGAAUGGAACUUCAGUCAGGACCUGUCAGCCAUCCUGGUGAAACAGGAGGAGCCCGACGUUGGUCAGAGGUUAGAUCCUCAGCCAAUGGAAGGCCCGCCGCUCAUAUUAAGCCCUGCACCUCCACACAGAGGAUCACCAUGGAAACACACAGAACGCAGCAGCGACGAUGUGAAGCCAGUGGCCAUAAAGGACGAGCCCAGAGAGAUGGGCCAGUUCCUCAGCCUCCCCAGCGAUGAUGCUCUCCAGCUCCCGCCCACCCCUCCCAGCAGUAACCACGGUGACAGUGACGGCUCACUUCCACCCUCGUCCCCACAUCUCCCUCUGCCACCGUCUUCCCCUCAACCACACCAGAGGCCAGGAGGUCGUGCCUCGUCCGCCUCGUCCUCCUCAGCCAUCUCCUCCUCACCUCUCCUCACUGCACCACAUAAGCUGCAGGGUUCAGGACCCCUCAUGCUGACAGAGGAAGAGAAGAGGACUUUGGUUGCCGAGGGUUACCCCGUACCUAACAAGCUCCCCCUCACUAAGAGUGAGGAAAAGGCACUGAAGAGAGUCAGACGAAAGAUUAAAAAUAAGAUCUCAGCUCAGGAGAGCCGAAGGAAGAAGAAAGAAUAUGUGGAAUGUCUGGAGAAGAAGGUGGAGAGCUACACGUCAGAAAACAGCGACCUGUGGAGAAAAGUAGAAAACCUGGAGACUGCAAACAGGUCUCUCCUACAGCAGCUGCAGAAGCUUCAGUCGCUGAUUUCAGGGAAAGUCAUCCCUCGUUCUUGUAAAAUAGCCUCGACUCAAACAGGAACAUGCCUCAUGAUGAUGGCCUUGUGUUUCGUCCUGGUGUUGGGCUCCUUCUCUCCCUGCAUCUCUUCUCUCUCCUUGCUCUCUCACAGCUCCUCUUCCUCUCUGUCCUCCCCUUCCUCCCAUCCUUCCCCGUCAGCGGACCUCUACACGACCAGUCAGGUCCGCUCCCGCAGCCUGCUCUUCUAUGAUGAACAGGCUCCGCGUGAGGAGAGUUUGGGGCCAUCAGAAGGGGAGAGGCUACAGUCAGAGGGCCACUCUCACAUCCAAACGCGUCGGCAUACAGUCGACGGCCACAGCAACCAGACAAGCGAGCCAAAGCUAGACCAAAGAGAAGCCAAACCAGCCACAGACUCGUAAUUUCUCACCUCUGACCCACUGAAACGCCCCAGAACGCUCCAGUUUGAUCAUCUGGUUCCGAACCAUCACCCAGCUGGACCCAAACAUGUGUGUCUGUGUGUAGUCUAUCACCCCCUUCAGCGAGCUUUGAACCAGGCUUCAGAUGCUGCAGUCCUCCCAACCUCCACAUCUGGCAUCCGGCAGUUCUCUUGACAGAUUCUGUUCAACUUGUGUUGAUUUGUAGAUGCACGAAUUGACUUUUUUUUUUCUUCUUUUUUACUGAUCAUCUUGAAAAUUGGAGUGAAAAUAUUUCAAAAGCGAACAUCUUUUGAGACAGUUGACGGGAAAAUAAGUAGAGUCAGGUGCAAAACUUAGUUCCCCUUCUCUUAAUCCGAUGCUUGCAUGUGUGCAAGUGUUUAAAAACAUGAUAAAUAUCAUCUAUUAGGCGGAUAGAACCUCUUGACGAUAAGUUUUUCAACUGCGCCAUUACUUUUUGUUGCUCAUCUAGUUUUUUCAAUUCUAAGGCCCGCUACAGAUCCUCAUUUUGUUUUGACAUGAAGAAUAACAAAGAUUAAAAGAGCGGGGUCUGACUUUUUGCACAUGACUAUAUAUGACAGUGAAGUUGAAGUUUUCAGCAGUAGUUUUCAAUUUCAGUCUUCAGUUUCUCCUCACAGCAAAUCCAUAGAGUGUUUUAGGAAAUUACCUGAAUAUGAAUUCAUAUUUCUGGGAACUUAACAGACCGUCACUGUGGGAUUCUGGUUUUUGUUUCGGUGCUCUUAAUUGAAUCAGAACUUAACUUUUUAAACAGUUACAUCAACCAGUAACAAAGGGCUGCUCCUCAGAUUAUUUUCCAGAAUCAUACUUUUUUUUUCAGACACAAAUCAAUAGAAAGUAAUGAAAAGGGCCACAAAUAUGUUCUCAAUUACAGCAAAUACUGAAUAACUCAAAUUUUUGUUGUUUUGAGAUUACAAAUAAAACAGAAACAUAAAAAAUUCCACUAUGCGAGGGGUAAAACAAAACAUUUUAACAAUAUUCAUGUGUUAAAAUUGCGGAUGCUGGGCCACUUUCAAAGUGCCUUCCAGAUACUUGGAUACUGACUUGGCCCCACACCUACUACUUCAUAUAUUUCUGAAUUAUUGACCAAGUUGCACUUUUUUUUUUUAGGACCUUUGGUUCUUUCUGUCAUCAGGACUUAUUUUAGAUGCCUUUUAAUGUAUUUGGGAGCUCAGCAGUAACAAGUUUUGUUGCAAACUUGGUGAUUCCAGACACAUAUUUCUUAAUAUUUUCUGUCUUUCAAUCCAUCUCUGUUUGAAACUUUGCUUUUCUACUUUUUUCUUUAGUUACACCAUAUUUUCAUGGGAUGGGACCACAAGGAGCGUGGGAAAAGGGGCAUAAAAUUAUUUUUAUGGAAAUAAAAAUUGUAUAUGUAAUAUAUUUUGCAGCAUCAAAAAAGAGCAUAUUUAAUUUAUGCAACAAAAAAAAAAUGCUGAACUUUUUUAAAGUUUAUCAUAUUGUUUCAGUUUUUUAAAAUAAUGUUUGAAAAAAAACUACAAAAAUAUAACUUUUAAUAUAUUCUGAGCAUCAAAAAAAGAGCAUAUUUAUUUUAUGCAAAAAAAAAAGGAAACACGAGUUCUUUUAGCGUUUAAGAUGAUGUGAAGUUUUACAUGAUGGUGUGCAGUUGGGUAAAAGUAAAGCUUCAAUAUGAUCUGUUUGUGUGUUUUAACUGUAAUACAGUGUUGAUGUUUCACUGCUGCCACAUGAAAAACUAGACUUAACUAAACUACUCUUUAUCUGAUCCGUUGUGAUUUGAAUUCUUUUUUUUGUACAAUUAAACCACAAAAAAAAACACAUUUUUUCUCUAAACUUGCUCCAAAAGACCAGGAACAAAAAGAAAACCAAUCACUGAAUAAUGACACUUAUCCUGUUUUUCUUAUUUAAUGUGGAAAUCAACAUCAACACUGAUACUAAAUGUGCUCAUGUGACAGCAGUGUGUGUUGUAUUUAUUCCUUAUCUGUAGAAAGUUUGUAUAUAUUGAUGACGCCUAUCAGGGGACUGGUACAUUCCAGGAAGUAUAACACCACUACUUAUAGCUCGAUUGAACACUAUAACAUUUAUAAGUCUUGAUUGUAUCACCACUAUUCUGAUUAACAUGAUAAACCUGAUGUUCCCCCUGGAAAUCAAAAAACUGAAAUGUCAUAGUAUUCCUUAAAAAUAAAAGCUCAGUUGGAAGACUUUUAGGAAAGCAUUCAAACACACAAGUUUACAGUUAUCAUAGCUCUUCUACUUUGCUUACUCAUGUUUGUAUUCUGUUCACUUUUCUUCCGAUUUUUUUAUCAUACCAAAUGUACACGACAACAUCCUGUGACUGCAGCCCAUCACACCAACACCAAACCAUUCUCUCCCAUAAGUCUUAACGCACCGGUGUACAUAAAUGAUGACAACUUCAUGUGCAAUUGUUGUAAAUAAGGGCCUUGUGUUUUUUUGGGGGGGGUUUUGUAUUGUGACAUAAUCCAAGAUUUUAACCUGUGAAAUAUCAUGUGGGAUGGGUAAAAAAAUAAAUAAAAACACAGUGGAUUUUGUUUUAUUUUUUUGGGAGGGGGGGCUAAAAAAAGGAAAGUGGAUGACCAGGAGGAGCUUGAUUAUUAAUGUUUAGAUUUUAUUUGAAUGUCCCGAGAGAAUAAUCAAGCACUUCCCAGUGAGCUCAGUUGUCUGAAUUGUGUUUGGACGUGUUGUUGUCUUGGUCUGUUGUAUAUUGUCCUGCAUGUUCCUCCAUAUACAAGUAUGUUAUCUUAGUAUAGUCAGUAGAGUAGAAACAAGCAAAAUAUUAAAAAUCUGCAU